AUGAGUAAGGAGGCUGUUGAUGAUGGUGAUGAGUCAGGGUUUUCGUAUGAAUACACUUCGUCGGAUUCCUUGGAAACCAUCUCCGAAGAAAUUGAGGAGUACGAGAGGGAGUAUUUUGGAGAUGUUUCUGAAGAAGGGAGCUCCAGAUCUGAGGAUGUAGCAGCCUGGGAAGAUAGUGACGAUGACGAAAAGAUACGUGAGAACUACAAGAAAACAGCAACAUGGCUUGAUGGUAAGCAGACCAAGAAGCAGGUUGAAGUGCGUAAGAAAAGAAUGAGGUUUGAGUAUGAAAAGCAUUUAUUUUUUUCCAAAUGUAGAAUCAAGCUGGCCAAGGCUCGUGGAGAGUAUCUGGUUGUUGUAGACACUUAUAGUAACAUUUAUAUACUUAAGAACUUCAAGGUGCACAAAACACUUUGGAUUGAGAUGUUUGGGGUUUCGGAUUUUGUAUACAUAGGAGAUGUGAUUCUAUUCUCCUCGUGUAGACAAAGCAAUUUGAAAGAGAUUACAUUUGACGGAGAGGUUCGGAACAUAAGCAUAAGAACCAUCGAGGGUAUAAGGAAGAUGGCCAGCAUCGGAGACUCUAUAUAUGUGGCUGGUGAGCGGUUAGUUCUUUUAAACAAUGCUUAUGAGGUAGUUGAAACGAUUGAGGGAAGGUUUAUGGACAUUGCUGUAUCUGAGGAAUACGUAUAUGCAAUGAGCUUCAGUGGGGAGAUUAUUAUAUUGACACGUGACCUACAGGUCCUAAAGAAGGUGAGUCUUGAAGAUAAGUUUGAUUUCCGAUCAAUACAUUUUUUUGCAGACAGGAUAUUUAUUGGAAUGGGAAUGGGGAUAAAGAUAUUUGAUAGAGACAUGAAGCCUGUCAAGGAGAUUAUGAAUCUUAAGAAUGAAGUUACCGGGAUUACAAGACAUGGCGACUAUGUUGUAUAUGGAUCGAACUACACCAACUCAUUGAAGAUGAUCCUCCCAGAUCUGAAAUGCUACAAUAAGUUCCCAUUUAAUACGAUUAAUAUCUCUCCUAUAAAGGCCUUAGAGUCCGAUGGAAAGAACAUCAUCAUCUGUUCAGGAAGGGCCAUUAAUGUCCUAAGAAUAAAACUAGAAUGA